AGCAUUAUCAUUGCAUAGUACAAGUUUCUAAUUUCAUUUAUGAUGCAGUAGGCCUACAACCUAUCUUAAGUUAUUGUUCAAAUUAAUUAUUAAUGUUUAUUCAACGUUACUGAAGUAAGAAAUAGAAUAAGAGAAAAGUAAUAAAUACCAUCUAAACGUGAAUUACUCAAUGAAAGAGGUAAAUAUACAAUAUUGUAAUGAUAUAUUAAGUGUAACUCUAUACUAUGAACAGAUUAAAAUAUUACAAAAAACAUUAAUCCAAUUUGCAUAAAUCAAGUCAAUCUAAGUUGCAUAAACUCAAAUUUAAAAAUUUCGCGCUUGCUGUUGUUGGCGGUCUUUAAAACCUGAUAAAGGUGGCAUUGGCAUAGUCAGCUGAUCAUCUGAUGAACAAAAUGUUUUGAAAAGUUUGAUUUACAAAAGUGAGGUUAUGUUUAGUUUAUGUUGAAAUUGAAAUGAAUAUUAUUUUUGUUAUCGACAAUAACAUCAGUGCUUAUCAUUUAGAUUUUUUUUAUUAUCGUAUCUUAAUGAACGAGAUGGUCUUGAUACAUAGCAAGUGAAUAUCGUAGAGCACUAAUAUAUUAUUCUUGUAUCCACGGCUUGAGAAGUUGUGAAGUAAACUAUUUUAAUAAUUAAAAUAGAUUGAUUAGGUACUGUCUUAUAUUUUGUAUCAAUUCUCAGUUCAAGACUAUUAUUCACUAGCUUCAUUGUAUAGUAUAGGCUACAUGGAUCUUGAGUUUUUGCAAUAUAUGAGUCUCCAGUUUGUAACAUUUCUUCUAUAAGGAUGCCGAAACACAAAAAAGAGAAGAAGGAACGUCAUCAUUACCAUGAUAAUGAACCAGUGACUCAUAGAAAUAGAAAUGAUCGGAGUAGACGCGGAGAUGGACAGGGAACGAGUAAAGAGACAAGUAGAAGUACCGGUGAUACUGUUCUCGAUGGUAACGCAAGUAAUAUUGAAUCUUUUUUGUCUGAAUCAUUUAAAUACUCUGUUGGCAAAUAUUUCUUGAAAAGAAACUUUCUCAUAGAAGAUGUUGAUGAUUUUUGGUUGUUUGUUAAGAAAUAUGAAGGCGUUCACAAGCGAGCACAGAAAGUUAAACCAAAUUUUGGAAUUGGUGGAAGUUCACGGAUAAAUAUUGAUCUCAGUACAGAAGUUUUAAAAUGCUUGAGAGUAGAAACAGAAAAAUUACUCUCAUCUAAUGAUCAAGAGCUUUUCGUUAAUAUUCUAAGAUUGUAUUUAGAUUUCAAACAGAAAGAAAAGUUUAACAAGUUUUAUAAACUGAGACAAUCCCAAAAAAAUCUUCCUGUCGCCCAAUACAAGAAAGAGAUAAUUGAAGCUGUUAAGAAUGAAAGAGUAAUCAUUAUUGCUGGUGACACAGGUUGUGGUAAAUCUACUCAAGUUCCUCAAUACCUGAUGAAAGCGGGAUACAAUAGAGUAGCAUGCACACAACCGAGAAGGAUUGCUUGUGUGUCACUAUCAAAACGUGUAGCAUACGAAUCUCUAAAUGAGUAUACAACUGAUAUCGGCUAUCAAAUUCGAUUUGAGAAACACAAAAAUCAAAGUACCAAAAUUGUUUUCAUAACUGAAGGUUUACUCCUGAGGCAAUUAUCUGGAGAAGAUGGUGCAAUACUGGAUUAUGAUGUAAUUAUUCUUGAUGAAAUCCAUGAACGGCAUUUGUAUGGAGAUUUUUUACUGGGCAUUGUCAAGUGUCUAUUACAUCAGAAGCAACUUUCUCAUAUUCGUGUUGUUUUGAUGAGUGCUACAAUAAAUAUUAAUCUUUUCACAGACUUUUUUGGUGAUAACACUCGUGUGAUACAGGUGCCUGGCCGACUGUACCCAAUAACACUCCACUACAAGCCCAUUCCUCUCAAAGACCAAAUCCAACUGUCAAAUAAGAAAGAUGAAGCCGAGGCUGUUGCCCCUUAUGUGCAGAUUAUGCAGCUUAUUGAUAGCAAGUAUCCAGAAACCGAGCGCGGCGAUCUUUUGAUUUUUGUUGCAGGAAUAAGUGAUAUCACAGCUAUUGUGGAUGCAGCCAAACAGUAUAAUGAAAAAGUUCAUAAGUGGAUCAUUCUGUCUCUGCACAGUUCAUUGUCCGUUGCUGAACAGGAUAAAGUGUUUGAUUAUGCUCCAGAAGGUAUUCGUAAAUGUAUAGUGUCAACAAAUAUUGCUGAAACAUCAGUUACUAUAGAUGGUGUCAGGUUUGUUGUAGACUCGGGCAAAGUGAAAGAGAAUAGCUACGAUCCGGUGUGUAAAGUACAACGAUUGAAAAAAUUCCAAAUAAGUCGUGCAAGUGCUGAACAAAGAAAAGGUAGGGCAGGACGAACAGGACCUGGUGUUUGUUUCCGAAUCUAUUCUGAGGAAGAUUACAGCCAGAUGCAAGAAUACACUACUCCAGAGAUACAGCGUGUUCCACUAGACUCUCUUUUGUUGCAGAUGGUCACAAUGGGUUUGCCAGAUGCCAGGAAGUUUCCAUUCAUUGAACCACCUCCCAUUGAUUCAAUUGAAACCUCUAUCCUAGCUCUCAAGCAACAUGAAGCCAUGACUGAUGAUGAAAAAGUCACUGUUCUCGGCAGGGCUCUAUCCAAACUUCCUGUUGACAUUCCUCUGGGGAAAAUGCUGAUAACUGGAUCGAUGUUUCAUCAGGUUGAGUCUGUUCUCUCGCUCACCUCAGUACUCUCGGUUAUGACCCCAUUCACAAACAAAGCUAGCAAGGAUAUCAGCUGUAAAACUCUAAUAAAGGAGUUAGAAUCGGAUCAUGGUGAUCCCAUAACAUUGCUGAAUAUUUUUAGAGAAUGGUUGGAUAUAAAAAAUAAUUUUAGAAAAGGUGACAGAGGAGCUGUUUCAAGCAGACAGUGGUGUCAGAAAAGAGGUUUAGAAGAGCAACGAUUCUAUGAAAUGACAAAGCUUCGAGCUCAGUUCAAAACUCUCCUUCAAGACUGUUCGCUUUUGGAGACAAUGGAAAGAGAUAGCUACAAAGACAUGUCCAGCAAAGAACGAGCUUUGAGGCAUGGAGAAGUGAAACUGUUGAAGGAUAUGAAACGAAGUUAUGAUCAAACUCCACAUCGGAAAGCUAAAAUACUGAAAGCUGACCGGUUUGAAUUGGCUUUGCCUGAUGAAGAUGAAUGUGGUGGCAAUGAUGGACCAAUCGAUAUAAGAGACAUUGAUUUCCGACUUUCAAACGACAGUAGACAAGUGCAGAGUUUAGUGUCGGGGUCGACAGCCAGCUCUCAUCGUGAUCUCACUCUGUUGAAAGUUAUUUUGUGCAGUGGUUUGUACCCUCAGUAUGCAAUCCCAGAUGAGUUCAAUAGUUGUAAGAGCGUUAGCGCACAAUUAUACCACACAAAGAACCAACCUGGGGUUUGGCUACACCCUCUUAGUAUCUUCAAUAACCAGCCUGAAAUAUUACAAAUAGAUGCCGCAGAUAUAGUUGAGAUUGAAACUAUUAAAAAUCAAGCUAAGAAUCCGUUCUCACACAAACAUCAGAUACUUUUUCACAUGUCUCUAUUCGAAACCACAAAGACGUUUCUAGUUAACAAUGUGCGUAUGCCUGCGGCACAAAGUCUUCUUCUUUUCGCGCAUCAAAUCCAUACCAACAGUGACUUCAGCAGAAUAGUUUGUGAUUCAUGGUUGGAAUUACAGUUCGCCACAUCCUCAUCAGCAGAGGUUCUCCUACUGAAGGCAGUCGGCCUCCGUAAUAUGUGGAAAAGACUUCUGUACUCUCGCCUAGAUGAACAAUCAAGCGAUCUUCCUGAUAACAUAGAAAAUAAACUAGCCCAUGACUUAGUGCAGUUCAUGAAUUGCCAGAUAGUUUACAGGAUUAAAAGAUUACUAGCUGCUGACUUGAAAACUAUUUAUAUACAAUCAAAUGCAACACACAAUGCAUCACCAGAUCACGAUGAACAAAGCCACAAUACGAUUGUUGCUGAUAAUGAUAUUAAUCCAUUCAUAGAUGACUUCAAAAUACAACAGAACAUCGAGUUUGGAGGUCUCGAAGUGACUCCCUACCUUGUCUAUUCUUGCCUUUAUGACGAUCACCAUUCCUAUGAGAAUUGGACUUGUCCAGCUUGUGAAACGACCGCAGCAUUCACUUCACUAGAGAGACUACAGCAUAUGAAAAUAUGUAAAGUUGAAAAUGAAAAGACAUCAGCAGACAAAGAACCUGACAUCAAUCAUGCAGCUAAGAAGCCCAACUCUCAAUUAUAUGAAUGCGAUGUCUGCUGUAAGAAGAUUUACCUUACACCUGUUGAAAUUCUAAAACAUAAGAAAUCUCAUCAGACUGAUAAAACUACUAAUUGAUUAUCUUUAUAUUGAUUUACUUGGAAAUUAGAGGGCAGUCAAUGCUCUCGAAAAAUAUGAAUUUCCCACAAUUAAUACAGUAAUCGACGUAAUCAGUGAACAUUUCUUAAAAUUUAACAAGCUGCAUUCUAGAAAAUUAACUUAUCAAUAGAUAGCAACUCAAUGUGGACCGUUCAACAUCGGUAGUGAUUGGAAUACAUGGAGUUGAAGAAAUGUUUUUCAAAUUAACAAGCUUCAAGGAUAAAUUUUCCUGGAAAUUCCACAACUAAUUCAAGUUCAGGAUGGAGGGGGAUACCGAGGUAUGCGGGGAUUAUACAUGUAUAUUGUCGUGUUUAUUUUGAAUCUAAUUACUUGAAAAUAUUUUAUUAGUUUUUCAAUUAUCUAACUACAGUAUUCAUUUCAUUGUCUACUUACUUCAAUAAAUUGCUCCAUUAGCCUACUUGA